CAUUUUCCGCCCACAGUGCUGACCGGAGAGCCGAAAAUCUCAUUAACAUUCGGUCAAGCGCGAAAAAGGCAAGCGAAAAAAAAAACGUAGAAGACGCCGUCCGAAUUGACCAGCGCCGAAAUGACCAGCCCCACCUCCAACUCUGACCUGUACGUGUACUGCAACGGGCGCACAUCGUCCUCCUCUUCCUCGAAGGAUCCCCAAACAGCGAUGGCAUCCAGCGGCCGACCGUCGGCGGUCGCCACCAACCGAAACAUGAACUGGCUCAUCCACGGGCUGUACACGAGGAAGGAUUACGCGCUGUGCAGGAAGCUAAUCGACCGGCAGCUGACGAUAAACUACGACAAAGAGUAUCUGUACUACACCAAGGGUCUGAUUCUGCGUGACGAGGACAACCCAACGGAAGCAAUCAACUGCUUCCAGCUGGCGAUAAUAGCCAACAAGAAGAGUUCGGAAAAUUACAAAGAGCUCGCCAAGACGCUAUUUUCCAUGGGACGGUUCAAACAGUCGCUGGAGGUGUUCCUGAAGGCGGAAACGCUGCUGGAGCGACCGGACCACGACGUGUACCACCACAUCGGCGAGCUGUUCUAUCGGAACUUUGGCCAGCCGAAGGCGGGGGUGGCCGAGGCCAAGGAGUACCUCAAGCAGGCCAUCAUGUGCGGCAAACACGUGGCCAGCUAUAAGAUUCUGGCCGAGAUCUACAUCGAGGAGGGGGACAACGUGAAGGCCAUCGAGAUGAUUGAAAAUUGCCUGCAAAUCUCCCAGGACGACGUCACGCUAAUGACUCAAAUUGGCAUUCUCUACCUGAAAAUCAACGAAUAUCAGCGAGCGUUCGAGAAGCUUUUGGAUGCCAUUGCUAUCGAUGACAAGUGUACCACCGCUUUGCUGGCACUCGGAUCAAUUCUCCAGUCCAAGAACGACAUUGACGGUGCGCUGAACAAAUAUAAAAGAAUUUCUAAUCUGCCGGAUGAGGGAUCCGAAGUUUGGAGCAACAUCGGGCUGUGUUUCUUUAAGAAGCAAAAGUACAUAGCGGCAAUAUCUUGUCUGAAGAAAGCGAUUUGGGUGGCACCAUUAAACUUCAACGCGCUGUACAAUCUAGGGCUGAUUCUGGUGACAGCCCAGCAGUACGUCAGUGCGUUCCAGACGCUCGCUGCAGCCAUUAGCCUUCGACCAGACAACGCUGAUUGCUACAUGCUGUUGGGAACGUGCCUGCGGCAUCUCAAUGACCCGGGAAAUGCGUACCUUUCGCUGGAAAAGUCCACGAUGCUCCCGGACGCCAUCAAAAACCCAUUAAUCUAUCUGAACUUUGCGCUGUACUGCUACGAAAUUGGCAAACCGGACCAGUCCGUGUCGUACUUGUCCAAUUUUCUCGAAAUGACACAACACGUCAGCGUUCACCGGGAGUACUUGAAGAUGGCAGACCGACUCAACAUGGCGCUUCUCAGUUCGGUCACCGAGCCGGAGCCCACACCGCAGCUGGCCGCAGUGACGACGGGUGGUUCCAGUCCAGUGGGCAACGACGACACCGGAAUACGAAAUGAGUCCACCACCGCCGCCAAAGAAGGUGGAGAUGUCAUCCAUUAUGGUAACGAGGAUGAAGGUGGUGAUGGUGAUGAUGAUGAUGAGGCUGUCGGUGCAGAUGAAACGUCAUUGGGGUUUGAAGGAUCCACCAGCAGGCAGUAGGGCAUCUCGACAGCGGGACAAGUCGUUCGAGGGUCAUUUCUAAGGGGAUUUGGACGAGAGUCACGAAGAAGCUAGUCGGAACCAGGGCGCAGUGAUUAUGAUUAUUUAAACAUAGGUUGCGAAUGUAACAGAUUUAAGGAAAGCUUCUUUGAAGUUGAGCAGUUCUCUCAGAUUUCGUUCAUUCGAUUUUUUUUUUGAUUUUUAAUCCGGCUGAAACUUUUUUGGUGCCUUCGGUAUGCUCAUAGAAGUCAUUUUGCAUCAUUGGUUUGUCCAUAUGAUUUUUGAUACAAAUUUAGCAGUCCAUACAAAAAUUAUAUAUGAAAAUUCAAAAAUCUUUUUCUUCUGUAGAAAUUUUUUGAUCGAUUUGGUGUAUUCAACAAAGUUGUAGGUAUGAAUGAGAACUACACUGAAAAAAAAUUAUAGACGGUAAAAAAAAAUUGGUUAAUUUUUGGAUGUAAAAUCAAAUUUGCAAUCAAAAAGUACUCUAGUGAAAUUUUGCUAAAGUGCACCGUUUUCAAGUUAAAGCCAUUUUUAGGUAACUUUUUGAAAAUAGUAACUGUUUUUUUUUUUAAAUUAGUGCACAUGUUUGCCCACUUUUGAAAAAUAUUUUUGAAAAGCUGAGAAAAUUCUCUAUGUUUUGCUUUCUUAAACUUUGUUGAUACGUCCCUUAGUUGCUGAGAUAUUGCCACGCAAAGGUUUAAAAACAGGAAAAUUGAUGUAUUCUAAGUCUCACCCAAACAACCCACCAUUUUCUAACGUCGAUAUCUCAGCAACUAAUGGUCCGAUUUACAAUGUUAAAAUAUGAAACAUUAGUAAAAUUUUCCGAUCUUUUUGAAAAAAAAUAUAUUUUCAAAAAAUUUAAAUCAAGACUAACAUUUCAAAAGGGCGUAAUAAUGAAUGUUUGGCCCUUUUGAAAUGUUAGGGUCGUUUCAACAAAGUUCAAAAAGACAAAAUAUAGAGAAUUUUCUCAGCACAUCAAUUUUUUUUUCUGAAGUGGGCAAACAUGUGCAUUAAUUUUAAUAAAUGAAAAAAUUGGGACUAUUUUCAAAAAAAUUACCUAAAAAUGGCUUUAACAUGAAAACGGGGCGUUUUAUCAAAAUUUCACUAGAGUACUUUUUGAUUGCAAAUUUGAUUUUACAUCGAAAAAUGAAGUUGAAAAGUUUUUGCGACCAAUAUUUCGAUUUUUGAAAAAAUCAGUAUUGAUUAAAAAAUUCGUAACUCGGUCAAAGAUUUUUGCCCAACCUGGAAAUUUCUGAUAAGUUGGCAUUUGAUGUCCCCUAAAACAUAUAAAAAAUAGUGUUUUUAUGCAAAUCAGAUUUUGUGACAAAAAGUUAAAUAAAAAAUCACCAAAAAAAAAUUUAUGGUGUAUUAUUUUUUUUCAGUGCAGCCCUUAUCCAAACCUACAGCUUUGCCGAAGACACCAAAUCGAUAAAAAUUCCUUCAAAAGAUACAGAUUUUGAAUUUUCAUACAUCAUUUUUGUAUGGACAGCUGCCAAAUUUGUAUGGCAAAUUAUAUGGACAAACUAAUGAUGCAAAUUGGUUUCAUUGAGCAUACGGAAGGCACCAAUAAAGUUUCAGCCGAAAAAAAUACAAAAAUGAAAAUUCUAAAAAAAAGACAGAUUUCGUAGAGAAUAGCUCAGUUUGUUGAAUAUACUACCUAGACAAAAAGGGUAAUGAAGUCUUAAUGGCGUUCUUGAAAUAAAAACAAUACAUCUUUUAGGAUUUUACAAAAAGCAGAAUUCAAAUCAAUAUUUAUUGUUUGGUAUUUUCCAUCGUCCAGAAUUAUAUUUCCAAUAGUCUUACAUCUGAUAUGUAACACAACUAAAUUCGGUAAAUCAUGUUUGCUUAGAAAUACAAUCCAGACUCCAUUAUCCAAAGCCUUGAAUGUCCAAAAUUUGAUUAAUCGAAGUUAACUUGGGAGUGUAUGUGUGUCUUAUUAUAAGCACACUUCCAUUUACGGAAUAACCCUUCCCAUAUUUGGAAGCAGCCGAGAUUACAAAAUUUUAAAAUGCAAUGUCAUUCUCAUUUCUACUUAGCAUCCGACGGAAACCAUAUCAGUCUGAAACAACUGUUUCUUAUCACAUGUAUUAAUAUUGCUUUCAUUGAUAUUCUUUGUUUGAACAAUUCACGUGUGAGAUACAGUGGACCCUCUCGUUGUCGAUAUUGAAGGGACCGUCGAGAGCGGGAGUUAUCAAAUUAUAGAGCAAAAAAUCAAAGCAUGCUUCUUGAAGGGACUGAAAAAUUUAUUGACAGCAGGAGCAAUA